AGAUGUGAACGUGUGACUGAAGGAAGUGAUGAAGCAGGAGGAGGAAGCCUCCUCAGCAGGAUCUACACUGAGCUCCACAUCACAGAGGGACUCAGUGAGGAGCUUCAGAGGGAACCUGAGCUGAAGCAGCUGGAGACAGCUUCCAGGAAGGAGAGCCUCCAUCACACUGCCAUCAGGGUUCAGGACAUCUUCAAAGCCUGGGCCCAGCAGCACACACACAUCCGAGUGGUUGUGACCAGCGGCGUGGCCGGCAGCGGAAAAACCUUCUCGGUGCACAAGUUCAGUCUGGACUGGGCCGAGGGCCUGGAGAACCAGGAUGUCAGUGUGCUGGUGGUGCUCUCCUUCAGGGAGCUGAACCUGCUGGGAGAGCGGCCGUACAGUCUCCUCUCGCUGCUGGCUGUUUUCCAUCCCACGCUCCAGAAGCUGACGGCAGAGGAGCUGGCCGUCUGCAAGCUGCUCUUCAUCUUGGAUGGCCUGGAUGAAAGCAGACUUUCUCUGGACUUCAGCGGCGGCCGGCGGCUGCUGGACGUCUCCCGGCAGUCUUCGGUGGGCGAGCUGCUCACUAACCUCAUCCGGGGGGAUCUGCUGCCCUCGGCUCGGGUCUGGAUCACUUCCCGACCGGCGGCGGCCCAUCAGAUCCCUCCAACAUGUGUGGACAGGCUGACAGAAGUGCGAGGAUUCACUGACGCCCAGAAGGAGGAGUACUUCAGGAGGAGGCUGAGUGAUGAGGAGCUGAGCAGCAGAAUCAUCUCCCACAUCCAGACCUCCAGGAGCCUCCACAUCAUGUGUGGAAUCCCAGUCUUCUGCUGGAUCACUGCUACAGUUCUGGAGCACAUGUUGAGCAGCGAGCAGAGAGGAGAGCUGCCCCAGACCCUGACUGACAUGUACUCCCACUUUGUGCUGCUUCAGACACACAGGAAGAAGCUCAAGUACCAUGAAGGACCUGAGACGGGUCCACAGGAGCUGACGGAGGCUGACAGGGAGCUUCUUCUGAAGCUGGGCAGGAUGGCCUUGGAACAUCUGGACAAAGGAAACAUCCUGUUCUACCAAGAAGACCUGGAGCAGUGUGGUCUGGAUGUGACUGAGGCCUCGCUGUACUCUGGAAUCUGUACUCAGAUCUUCAAGAGAGAGUCUGUGAUCUUCCAGAAAGCCGUCUACAGCUUCGUCCAUCUGAGUGUUCAGGAGUUUCUGGCUGCAGUCUUCAUGUUCCACUGUUUCACCAGCAGGAAGACAGACGUGCUGGAGAACUUCAUCAAAGAGGAGGACGAGAAUAAUGAUGAGGAUGAGGAUGAUGAGUUUAGUGAGGAUGAGGAUAAUGAUGAAGAUGAUGAUCCUUUCUCAUCUCUGGACAACUUCCUGAAGGUCGUCCUACAGAAAUCCCUCAGAAGUCAGAACGGCCACCUGGACCUGUUCGUCCGCUUCCUUCAUGGCCUCUCUCUGGAAUCCAACCAGAGAGUCUUAGAAGGUCUGCUGGGUCCAACAGAGAUCAAUCCAGAAACCAUCCAGAGAGUCAUCAAGAACCUGAAGGAGAUCAGCAGUGAGGAAGUGUCUCCUGACAGAAGCAUCAACAUCUUCCACUGUCUGACGGAGAUGAAGGACCUCUCAGUCCAUCAGGACAUCCAAGAGUUCCUGAAGUCAGAGAACAGAUCAGAGAAGGAACUCUCUGAGAUCCACUGCUCAGCUCUGGCCUACAUGCUGCAGAUGUCAGACCAGGUCCUGGAGGAGUUGGACCUGAAGAAGUACAAGACAUCAUGGGAGGGACGCCUGAGACUGAUGCCAGCUGUGAAGAACUGCCGGAAGGCUGAUCUUUCUGGCUGUGGACUCUCUGAUCCUCACUGUGAAGUGAUCUCCUCAGCUCUGACCUCUGACCCCUCCCAUCUGAAACAUCUGGACCUGAGUUGGAAAAAGCUGAAGGAUUCCUCAGUGAAGAUUGUGUGUUCUGGACUGGAGAGUCCAAACUGUAACCUGGAGACUCUGAGGUUGGAGGACUGCAGUUUGUCAGAGAUCAGCUGUUCUUCUCUGGCCUCAGCUCUGAAGUCCAACCCCUCCCUCCAGAAACAUCUGGAACAUCUGGACCUGAGCAGGAACCCUCUGCAGGAUUCAGCAGUUUCUCAGCUGUGUGGUUUUCUGCAGAGUCCACUCUGUGGUCUGCAGACUCUGAGGUUGAGCUGCUGUCGUCUGUCAGAGAGAAGCUGUGGAGAUCUGUCCUCAGUUCUCAGCUCUCACUCCUCCAGUCUGACACAUCUGGACCUGAGUGACAACAACCUGAAGGAUUCAGGAGUGAAGCUACUGUCUCUUGGACUGGAGAGUCCUCACUGUAAACUGGAAGCUCUCAGUCUGUCAGGGUGUCUGGUCUCAGAGGAAGGCUGUGCUUCUCUGGUCUCAGCUGUGAGAUCCAAGUCCUCCCGUCUGAGAGAGCUGGACCUGAGCGACAACCAUCCAGGAGACUCAGGAGUGAAGGAGCUGUUUGCUGCAGUGGCGGAUCCACAGUGCAGUCUGGAGACUCUCAGUCUUUCUGGCUGUGGACUCUCUGAUCCUCACUGUGAAGUGAUCUCCUCAGCUCUGACCUCUGACCCCUCCCAUCUGAAACAACUGGACCUGAGUGGGAACAGGCUGCAGGAUUCCUCAGUGAAGAUUGUGUGUUCUGGACUGGAGAGUCCAAACUGUAACCUGGAGACUCUGAGGUUGGAGUACUGCAGUUUGUCAGAGAUCAGCUGUUCUUCUGUGGCCUCAGCUCUGAAGUCCAACCCCUCCCUCCAGAAACAUCUGGAACAUCUGGACCUGAGCGGGAACCCUCUGCAGGAUUCAGCAGUUUCUCAGCUGUGUGGUUUUCUGCAGAGUCCACUCUGUGGUCUGCAG